CAGACGACUAAGGGAAGGAGGUGGACAAGCGACUCACACGCGUUGCGGUCACUGCAUGCACGAGCUGUCGUCUGCUUCUCUUCCGUCCUCCAGUCAUCAGUAGUCGCUACCGACGGUUACCAUCAGCCCUGCAUCCUUAUAUACAAAGGUUCUACUGGUCGCUCAAACCAACUUCAAGUCUUUUUGCUUUAUUAAGGUGAAUAGAAAACAGUUGAUACACGUAGUCAAAUUGAAUUUACAUUCUGACCGAUACAAGGACAAGCUCUUGAGGAAAAUAAAGGAGUAUCCACCCUUUACAUAAAGACGACGGGAAAAACAUCAGAAACCGUAUUAGAGACUGUGUUGUACAAGGUCUGACAGAGAAACGAAAGAAACAUUUCAGGAGGAGAGCCAGUCCAGACUCCGAACCCAGCCAUGCAAGAACCCAAGUCGUCCAUUGUUGCUGUUCUUCUGUGUUUUCAUCACAUUUUCUCUCUGACUCCAGUCACAGGGCAACCUCCGUCAUUUUCAGACGAAGAGUUGCGGGUCAUCGCAACCUUGAACCUGUGUCGCCAUUUUGGGGGCGCGUGCGGCGCCGGGUGUGAGCGGUACAUCGUUCAUAAAUGGAGGCUCCCUCUGUGUGCCAACAGCAACCACAAGUGCUGCAUACCUGACACAGCGUAUAGCGGUGCACCCAUCAACACUGAAGCAACCACCACGACAACAGAGACGACUCCAGAAACAACAACACCACCGGUUACAGUGUCAACAACCACAGCAGGACAAGGAUCCACAUCGUGGGUAGAAUAUCCAUCCGACAAUGGAGAAGCAGCCAGCAGCGCAGCAUCUUUGGACGAGUGUGGUUCCAUGAACCGGACUCGCCGGAGGAAGAGGAUAGUGGGAGGAAGUGUCUCCCCACCCGGUGCCUGGCCCUGGCUCCUGGCUCUCAGGUCCCUGAUAGGGGCUCACGCGUGCUCCGGGGCUCUCAUUGCCCAGCGCUGGGUGGUGACCGCUGCUCACUGCUUUAAACAGUUUGCGUCCCCUGGACUGUGGAGGAUGCGGGUGGGUGAAUACAAUCUCCUAACAUCGGACGAGAACGAACGAGACAUCGAAAUAGCGAAUAUUUUCAUUUACCCUGGGUACAGGUCUCGCGCGCCUGGGGAGGACAACUCGACCACCACCUUAUACGCUCGUUAUAAACAUGACUUGGCCCUCGUACAACUGGCGGAAGAUGCGCGGGUGGAGCCCAUCUGCCUGCCUGCUGGCGAGGCUGCCAGAGUUCAAAACUCAACUGACAGCAGUGACCAGGACUCACAGUUCCGCAUGACUGUCCUGGAGCACAGCGGCGAAUGCUGGGUAGCUGGCUGGGGAUUCACCCGGGACGCGACACACGACACACAGGUGCUCAGACAGGUGGACGGAGUCCUUGUGGACAGCGAGGAGUGCGGCGACAUGUGGGGCACUGAGCUGGAGCCGGACAUGAUCUGCUUUGGGGACGGCACCCGGGGGCCGUGUGCUGGUGACUCUGGUGGACCCCUUUCUUGCUGGCUGGACGGGCGUUGGUAUCUCGGUGGGGUGGUCUCUUGGGGUACUGAAGACUGCAACAUCACCGGGUACCCGAGUGUCUUCACCCGCAUGGCGCCUUUCAUGAACUGGGUGUACAGGACCAUUCAGCAGCAGGAACAGCAGCAAUAGUAGCAACUGUAGGAGCUCUAACAGCAACGACGAAUAAAAGCACAGUUACUAGUAGAGAUGAACAUGUGUUUACACAACAACCAUGGCGACAAGGCUCAGUGGAGACGACGUCUGCUACCUUGCCAAUGAAACCCUCGCGUCUUGAUUAUUAUAACCACAAUCGUAUUUAGCAAGUACAUUGAAAGGAAUAAAGGAAAUAUUACUCUAAAUGAGCAUGGAA